AUGAUGGCAAUACGUCAUCUCUUUUGUGUUCUGACUAUCGCACUGUGUUGUCUCUGCAGUUGUGUGGUAGCUGCUGACGAAGCUGAAGCUAAAGCUCUUGAGGCCAAAUCUACGGAACUUGGUUCUGAGGGUCCACCAGGUCCUGGUAUUGGGAAAUCUAAGACUUCUUCAUGUCCAUCUACUUCACCACCUGGUGCUGAUACUUCUCAGUGUUUAGAAAGUAGUGGUGAAGAACAUAAUAAUGAACGUGUUAACCGUGAUCAUUCACAGGAACAGGUACAGCCGCUUAGUCCAGCGAUCAACAGAAAUGGAGACCAUCGAGAAGAGGGAAGUGUUAGCAGCGGUACGAAAAAUGGACUCACCAUAGCAGGCCAGAAAGCGGUAGAAAACAAUGCACAUGUUGGUGUGGUACCUGGAAGAGCAGCUGGUGAUAUUACUUCUAAUGCUGAUUCUGCACGUGGAGAGCCUGGAGUUACUGCUGUUGAUGUUAAAACUACUUCUCGAUCACGUGAGACUCCUCCACGUACAACUGAACAUAUUGAUCCCAAGAUUGAUGGAGGAGAAGCGUUGGGUUCUAAAGCACAGAAUGAGGAUGACUCUCCAGCUGCUGAUCACGGGAAUGAGAGACACGUAACUGCAGAGGGACAAGCUGAGAAAUUGGAAACCCCACCACAAGGGAGGGAUGAUAGGAGUACAGGGAGAACUACAACAUCUUCAACUACUGAAGUGAGCAGUAAAGGAACUGAAGAAAAUAACGGGAAUCAACAAGCAGAAGGAAAUAGUGUUCAGUCUACUACAGAAACUUUACCUGCACCUACAGAAGGUGAUGCAACGAGGGAUAAUGUCAACACAACCAAUAAUGAAGAAUCAACCACCACCACCACAACAACAACAACCACAACAACAACACUUCCUCCUGAACUCACAAACAACAAGAAGGGUGAUGCAGACAGCAGCAGCAGUAUCAGCAGUUCUGUGUGGGUGCGUGUACCACUACUGAUUGUGGUUACACUGGCCUGUAUUCUUGUGUGCUGA